AAAUUCAGGAAUUGGACACGGAAAAGGUUGGGCUAGCUUGGGCCUAUUUAUUUAUGCGCUCGCCGGUGGAGGUGGGCUACUGAUCGGCGGCGCCGCGGCGGCGGAAGCGAGGAAUCCAAUCGAUCGUCGUUAGCGGCGGCGUCGAUGGAGAUAGGCAUGGGAUCUAUGCGAGCAGCGCCGAAAAAGUUGAGGACAAAAGCGGAGGUGAGGGUGCGUACGGUGCCGGAAGUCGAAGGGUGGGAGAGCCUGUCGCAUAAGAGGUGGCUGGCGCAAGGGGGUUUACGAGAAGAAGAAGAAGUAGAGGAAGUGGGCGAGAUCGACGACUACUUCGGCGUCGAGGCUAGCGAGUUUAGGGAUACAUGGAACCAGCGAUAUUCGAGCUACUGCGGUUCCUUCGAAGACACUACAAAGAUCCUAAACAAGCGUUUCACGUUCGAGAAGCCUCAUCGUUGUGGUGGCCCACAAGAUACCCUGCAGGUCUUUUCACUCAAAAUCGCAAAACUGAGAGUGGGUUUACAAUGGCCGCUCCAGGUGUUUGGGAUGGUUGCCAUACGUGACUGCAUCGAUCAGAAUCGCAAUAUCAUCUUUGACCGCCCAAGACACCACUGCCAAAUCAUUACCCGAGAGGAUCCAUAUUUGAAACUGACAGGCCCUACACGUGCUGUUGUGGUGUUGGACCCUGCGACCUUUGAGGUUGAUCUGAAAGUUAAGGGCACUACUGAGUCUGAGGAUCAAUGGUUGAGCUUUCUAGCUGUAGAUUACCACCACUUUCCUCUGCUUAACUCGCAUCUUUUUGGAAGGGAGUAUGCUAGCAAGCUUAGCGAAUUGCAGUUUCAUCUUGGCUCUAUUAUUAGUUCAGUGGAGGCAACAAUCGAUGUGCAAAUCACUAGUGGAUCAUGGCCACAUGGUUUACGUGCCCAGUUCACUGCCGGUACUGCCAGCAUACCUGGUGCAAAAGUCAUCUUACUAGAUUCUGGUGAUGAAGGGCCACUUGUUGGAGAUGGAAGUAUCAAGCUUUCACGUUGUGUUGCAUCUGUUGAAGUUGGGGGCGAGCUGAAUGUUUGUGUGAAGGCAUUUCUAGGUGAUGAGAUUGUGGUAAACAAAGUGAAGGUUUUUAAGCCUAAGACAGCUGGUGUAAGCGAGGACAGUCUUGUCGUUGACUUCAACCGAGAGAUUUCCAUGGCAAAGACUAAGACAGCUGGUGAAGGCGACAUCUCUCCUGGGGUUGGCUUAAAUCAUGGGCUUGGCUGCUGCAAAUUUGGUUUUAUUAUCUCCUGGUCGGUUAUUUCGUAUUUUAGGUAGUUUUCUUUAAUGUAUUUGAUAUUUGUUGUUAACUCAUGAUGUGUGUUAGAAACAUAUGAACUCGUCAGUCGUCACUGUGAUUGUCGUUUCUGGAACUCAUGAUGUGUUAACUCAAAAUUUUUUCCUUUUCGUGAACUAAACAAGGCCUACGGAAUCUAUUCCAUCAA